GAUAUAAUGUGUAAAGUAUCAACUAAAUUAGACUACAUUGGGCCUUAAGUGAACGAUAUUGUGGGCUACAUGUAAAUGGGCCCCUAAAUGACAACGACCCAAAUAUAACAGCUUCUUGGCGGGGGUUGAAAUUGAUCAAACUUUUUCGGUCUGGCGGGAAACAAAAUUUGCAGCUCAGUUUGACCUUUCCCUCUCAUCCUAAAUCGAUCAGAGAACGACGGUAAGUAAAUCCGAAGCAAAGAGAAAUCCGGAGGAGGAGAUGCAGUCGAAGAUUAGCGCCUUCUUCAAGCCCUCUCCUUCUUCCCGUCAGGAACCUCCCCAUCCGUCUCCAUUUUCGUGCAAUUUAUUUACUGCUGAUUCUGAAAAGUCCACUGAAGACCCAGAAAUCACCUUCACCUACAAACGCAAGAGUUCUAACCCAGAAUGUGAGAUUGAUGGUGGAUCAAAUGGCAAAGCAUCAAAGAAAUGUGAUUGUGAGGACAAAAAAACCAAAUCGGAGCAAGCCAAGUGUAGCAAAGUUCUGAAUAAGAAAAGAAAUUAUGCCCAGUUGCAUUUGGAGGUUGGUCAGUCUAAUUUUCUACUGCAUACAUGCACAACAUGUGGGUUCAAGUAUGCUCCUGGCGAUGAAGUUGAUGAAAAGGUUCAUAAGACAUUUCACAAGAACUACACCCAUGGGAUACCUUUUAAGGGUUGGAGGAGCGAGAGGAUUAUAGAUUCCGUGGAAAAGGGGCGCAUUAUUUUAGUACAAGAUGGUGAUCCUCCUACUCAGCAAAAUAAGGUUCAGGAGGUUUUGCAAAUGAUGGAAAUGGAGCUUGGAGAUGGAUGGAUACUUAAUAAGCACUGUAAGGUAUAUCUGUUUAUUUCAUCAGGAAGAAUAUCUGGAUGUCUAGUUGCAGAACCAAUAAAAAAGGCCUACAGGAUACUCCUAAACUCAGUGGGCCAAAUAUGUGAUGUGUCUGCAAAGGAAGAAAAAAGGAGGAAAUCAGCAACUCUUCAAUUUGGUGGUGUUAGUCUCCAGAGGGAAAUCAUAAGAAGGGAAUUCGUCAAAAGUCAUGAAGAAGGAAGCCAUGAUGGAGUGAUUUUGUGUGAGGACAAGGCUGUGCCAGCUGUUUGUGGCAUUAGAGCCAUUUGGGUAACUCCCUCUAAUAGGAGGAAGCACAUGGCGAGUAAUCUACUUGAUGCGGCAAGGAAGAGUUUCUGCACAGGCUUGAUUCUAGAUCAUACAGAGUUGGCAUUUUCUCAACCCACCUCACUUGGAAAGGCUUUGUUUUCCAGUUAUACAAGGACAAGUUCUUUUUUGGUCUAUACAACAGCUAAUAUGGACUAGAGCUGGUUCUGAAAUACGCUCAGGUAACAAUUUAAUCUCAGCGUAUUUGCAAUUUUAGCCUAUAAGUAAGCGUGGCAGGAAUUGUACGUUAUCUUUUCCCUGAAAAUGAUUACUUCCCUGACGAUGAGAUGGACAAAACUCUGUUCUUGUUA